AUGGAUUUCGACGGUGGUAAUAAGCGCGUUUAUAACCGUCUCGGUGGGUCCACCGGCGGUGACUCAAAGAAUCAGAAAGUGUGUUAUCAAUGGCAAGCGGGGAAGUGCAAUCGUUAUCCGUGUCCGUUUCUGCAUAGUGAGCUGCCUACUUCUAAUGGAAAUGGUGCUCCUUCAAAACGGCCUUAUGCUGAAAAUUCUGGUUUCUCGGGUAACCGACGUGGUGGUGGGUCGAGUUUUAAUACGUGGGGGCCUGGGCGUGGUGGUGGACGUGGUCGUGGUGGCCGUGGUAGUGUUGGAGGUGGUGGGAGGGGAGUUGUUGUGAAUAUUGAUAAAGUUUGCACUUAUUGGAUUCAAGGAACUUGUGGUUUUGGAGACAGGUGUAAGUUCCUUCACUCUUGGAGUGUAGGGGAUGGCUUUUCUUUACUGACUCAGCUUGAAGGACAUAAAAAGGUUGUGAGUGGAAUUGCUAUGCCCUCUGGUUCGGAUAAGCUUUAUACUGGAAGUACUGAUGAGACUGUAAGGGUUUGGGACUGCCAGUCUGGACAGUGUAUAGCUGUGAUCAAUCUUGGUGGUGAAGUUGGUUGUAUGAUCAGUGAAGGUCCCUGGCUUUUUGUUGGCAUACCCAAUUUUGUUAAGGCUUGGAACACACAAAAUUCAAUGGAACUAAGUCUAGACGGCCCUGUUGGUCAAGUUUAUGCACUUGUUGUGAUUAAUGAUAUGCUCUUUGCUGGUACCCAGGAUGGAGCUAUAUUGGUAUGGAAGUUCAAUGUAGCUACCAACUGUUUCGAGCCAGCUGCAUCUCUUAAAGGUCAUUCCCGUGGUGUUGUUUCAUUAGUUGUUGGAGCUAAUAGACUUUAUUCUGGUUCAAUGGACAAUACAAUUAGAGUCUGGAACCUUGAAACCUUGCAGUGUUUACAGACACUAACAGGGCACACAUCUGUUGUGAUGUCUGUCCUUUGCUGGGAUCAGUUCCUUAUAUCUUGUUCAUUAGACAAAACAGUGAAGGUCUGGUUUGCUACAGAAAAUGGAAAUUUGGAAGUGACAUAUACUCACACCGAAGAACAUGGUGUAGUCACUCUCUGUGGGAUGCAUGAUUCACAAGGAAAACCCAUAUUGCUGUGCUCUUGCAAUGAUAACACUGUUCGCCUCUAUGAUCUGCCAUCAUUUGCAGAGAGAGGCAAGAUAUACAACAAACAAGAGGUGCGGGCAAUUCAGACUGGUCCUGGUAGCAUAUUCUUCACCGGUGAUGGAACCGGCCAAGUGAGAGUGUGGAAUUGGAUAGCGGAACCAGCCACGGCCACGACCAAUAACAUCCAAUAA